AAAAAACACAGUCCCGGCUCCCGUGCUAAUCUGAAGAAAAUAAGCGCAGCAGCCAAGCCAGGUACACGCAUCACGCACGCCUCAGCAGUCGCCCGCAGGAGUGCAGACCACUCGCAUCGCCGAUUCGCCGGACGCCGCCGCACCUCCGCUCAUCCGCUCCGCCUCUUCUGCUUUCCGGCUGCUACUGCUCGUCUGUGCAGGCGGAGGAAUAUUACUACGCUGCUGCUCUGAGGAAGUCAGGAAGACUCUGCUCUUCUUCCGAGCCCAAAGAUCGGGCUAUUUUUGGAGGCACAAUCCUAUUGAGUGGCUUUUCUGGAGGAUUCCAGUCUCAACACAGCCUAAGACAGGAAUAUGCUGGGGUCAUUGCCCAUAUUGCCUCUCCCUCCUGCUACUGAGGAUGGAAAUCUUGGUCCAUUGCCUCUAGCUCAAUUGACAGAAAAGGACAAAGAUGAUGUUAAUGAAAUGAAUGAGGAGGAAAAGAACAAAAGCAGUUCAGCCUUAGCAUCAGUUGCGACACAUGCAAAAACUAUUGGGAUCAUUUACCCACCUCCUGAUAUUAGAAGCAUUGUUGACAAGACAUCUCAGUUUGUUGUUAAGAAUGGUCCAGAAUUUGAGAGAAGGAUUGUUCUGAGCAAUGCAGGGAAUGCAAAGUUUAAUUUUUUGAACCCCUCAGAUCCUUAUCAUGCUUACUAUCAACACCGCUUGUCCGAGGGCCGUGCACAGAAUUUGGCUUCUGGUCAGCAGCUUCCAUCAAAGAUAGCCGAUUCAGAUGCUCCAGAAUCAGCCCCUUCUGCACCUUCAUCUGAUUCCAUUGAUGCAAUGGCAAAGCCCGACCCAUCUGCACAGUUCAGACCCAUUCGCAAGGUUCUUGAACCACCAGAAGCGGAACAGUAUACUGUUCGGCUUCCUGAGGGGAUCACAGGAGAGGAAUUGGAUAUCAUCAAGCUUACUGCGCAGUUUGUAGCAAGGAACGGGAAGUCUUUUCUGACAGGGUUGACCAGUAGAGAGAUCAACAAUUCUCUAUUUCAGUUUCUGAAGCCUACACAUAGCAUGUUUAUGUUUUUCACUUCACUGGCAGAUGCGUACUCAAAGGUCCUAAUGCCUCCUAAAGGCUUGACUGAUAAACUGAGGAAGAGUGCUGCUGACAUGACGACUAUACUUGAACGGUGCCUAAAUCGGUUGGAAUGGGAAAGGUCACAGGAACAGGCUAGACAGAAAGCUGAAGAUGAAAUAGAAUUAGAGAGAUUGCAAAUGGCUAUGAUCGAUUGGCAUGAUUUUGUUGUGGUGGAGACUAUAGAUUUCGCUGAUGAUGAGGAUCAUGAUUUACCCCCUCCUAUGACCCUUGAGGAGGUUAUCAGGAGGAGCAAGAUGUCAUCGAUGGAUGAGGAGGAAGAUUUUGUUGAGCCAGGGAAAGAAGUAGAAAUGGAGAUGGAUGAGGAGGAGGUUCAACUCGUUGAAGAAGGCAUGAGAGCCACUACCAUUGAGGACAAUUCUGUCCAAAAUUCUGAAAUUAUGGCAAUAACAGAGGAUCAUGAUCCGCCCAUGAGAAUUGUGAAAAAUUGGAAAAGGCCUGAAGAGAGGUCCCUUCCGGAAAGAGACCCAACAAAGUAUGUCAUUUCUCCUAUAACCGGGGAGAUGAUUUUGAUCAGUGAGAUGUCUGAGCAUAUGAGGAUCUCUCUUAUUGAUCCUAAAUACAAGGAGCAGAAAGAGAGAAUGUUCGCGAAGAUUAGGGACACAACCCUUGCUCAGGAUGAUGAAAUUUCUAGAAACAUUGUUGGGCUCGCUAGGACACGGCCCGAUAUUUUUGGAACCACAGAAGAAGAAGUGUCAAAUGCAGUUAAGGCCGAGAUCGAGAAGAAAAAGGAAGAGCCAAAACAGGUCAUAUGGGAUGGUCACACUGGAAGCAUUGGUCGAACAGCUAGCCAGGCAUUGUCCCAAAACAGUGCAGAAGAUCAAUAUGAUUUUGUAAAUGAUGCAAGGAAUCUUCCGGGCCCACAAGCACCACCCCCUCCCAGGCCUGGGUUGCCAUCAGUUCGACCACUUCCUCCACCACCUGGUCUGGCAUUAAACAUCCCUCACGCUCCUAAUACUUACCUCUAUCCAACUCAUGGUACCCCUGGGGUUAUUGUUCCACCUCUUCCCAGGCCUCCUGUGAUUAACACAAUCCCACAGUUGCAACCCCCACACCCUACCAACUCACCCAUGCCCGGGCAGCAUCUUAUGGUUAACCGUCCCCCAAUGCACCCAUCAAUGCCCAUCAGUGCUCCCAACAUUUCGGUACCAUUACCACCUGGCUCUCAAUAUACACCUAUCGGUCCUCCUCGACCUUCCUUUGUUCCCCAUCCCAUGUCCCAAUCUGGAAUGAAUGUGGUUCCACCACCUCCAAUGCUACCCCAUGGAAUGCCUCCACCACCUCCGCCCGAAGAAGCUCCACCACUUCCAGAGGAACCAGAGCCUAAAAGGCAAAAGCUUGAUGAGUCUAUACUCAUUCCUGAGGACCAGUUCCUGGCCAAGCAUUCGGGUCCUGCCCGUAUCAGCAUUACUGUACCAAAUGUUGAUGAGGGAAACCUCAAAGGCCAGGUAUUGGAAAUUUCAGUGCAGUCCUUGUCUGAAACUAUUGGCAGUUUGAAGGAGAAGAUAUCCGGUGAGAUCCAGCUUCCUUCAAACAAGCAGAAGCUGAGUGGGAAGGCUGGUUUUCUCAAGGACAACUUGUCGCUUGCCUAUUACAAUGUUUUUUCUGGAGAAACACUCAAUCUUUCACUCAGAGAACGUGGUGGCAGAAAGAGAUAAAUAUCUAGGGCUUCAUUCUUACUGUUGUUAUGUUAGUUUUUGAGAUUUUAUUUCAUAUGUACCUCUAACAGUGCUUUUUGAGUUUUUUUAAUUUAAAAUGUCUUUGAGCUGAUGGUAUGGUAAUCCUCUUUCUGUCUUACAGAAUUCGCAACUUGGUAAGGUACCACUGAAGCUUAUGGGAGGUUUUUAUUAGUUAAUUAGUUGUAUUUUAUAAGAUGCAAUUUUACAAUCUGUUUUCUUUUCAUGGCACUAAUUAUGUCUUGUCUUGACAUGCAGCUGACCUCCCUUCCCAACUGAGCUUUAAUUGGUCUCUAUUGAAAUCUAUCAUAUUCGAUUGUCUUGAUGUUGUAUAUGUUUCUUGCUUCAAGUAUUUUUGGAUGAAUCUCCUGUUAGCAGGCAGUAUGUGUUUUGCUUAUUUAAAAACAUAAUUCAAGCUUCAAGUUGCCCUAAGAUGUUCAGGUAUCAUAGGUUUCAACACCCAUGCUAUGGGCUGUCUCUCUCUCUUCUUUGUUUUUGCUGAGUAUAUACGAGAAGAGCAUUCAAAGACCAGCUGCUACCCUUUGGCAGUUUGGGCUAGGCUUCUGAUUGGAGAAAUUCAGCAUUUUUUGUGUUCUGUAGAUGUGAAACCAUUCUUUCAUGGUUUCGCUCUUGACCAGGUCUUUGUGGAAUUGGUGAUUUUGCAACUUUGUGAAGUUACACGAUACCUAAAGUUGAAUAAAUGAGUGUAAUACUGUAAUUUACUAUAAAUACAAUGUUAUGUUUUUUAGCUGUGCAGACUAAUAUUAUGCAGGAUUGCAGGACGAUUGAGUAGUUAAAAGCAAGGUUCCCGAAGUUCUAAAAGGUUAUGGGUUGUUAAGAAUACCAGUUAUUUGCGCUUGAAAUGCAUUAUUUUGGUAAUAUAUAUUUUGGUUCACUUGUAUGUGUUCGUUGUUGGAGGUAUUCUCACAAUUUGAG